AUGGUGUGGGGUUCUCCUCGGGCUGUUCCCCCUCUGGGGAAAGUUACAAUAGCGUGUGCUGGAGCUGAUAAUGACCUUUAUAUAAACCAAGCCAUAGUAUUCAUUGAAGAUGCAAUACAGUAUCGAUCUAUAAACCACCGUGUGGACUCCAGAUCCCUGUGGCUUUAUCGAUGGUACUACUCCAGAACUUGUCAGUGGAUUUUGAGUUUAACCAUUACUGUAAUCCUGGCUUUGGCUUUCAUUGAGAAGCCUUCCUCACUUACCAUCACCUCAGAUGUACGAUACCGUGUUCCUGGGUGGAACCCUCCCUGUGGCCUAACGGAGAGCAUCGAGCUGCUUUGCUUUCUUGUGUUCAUGGCUGAUGUGUCUGUGAAGAGUUACUUAAUUGGAUGGGAAGAGUUUUGGAAAAAUAAAUGGCUAAUGGCUUAUAUACUGACAUUAAUAGUUUCCCUUGCUGAUUGGAUUGUAUCACUGAGUUUUUUCUGCAUGGAGGAAGUGAGAAUAAGAAGAAUUCUUCGGCCUUUCUUUCUCCUUCAGAAUUCUUCUAUGAUGAAGAAAACAUUAAAAAGUAUCAACAGCACAUUGCCUGAAAUGGCAAGUGUUGUUCUGCUUCUGGCUGUUCACCUGUCUCUCUUCACCAUGUUUGCCAUGCUGCUGUUUGCUCGAACAAAGGAUGGGCAGCAGGAUAAGGAGUGGGUGAGAUAUUUCCGGAAUUUGCCAGAUUCAUUGACAUCACUGCUGGUCUUGCUAACUACUGCAAAUAAUCCUGAUGUGAUGAUUCCUGCAUAUUCGAAGAAUCGAGCAUAUUCAAUCUUCUUCAUACUCUUCACUGUAUUAGGCAACUUGUUUCUGAUGAACUUGCUUACAGCAAUAAUAUACAAUCAGUUUCGAGGAUACCUUCUGAAAUCAGUUCAGUCCUCCCUCUUCAGGAGGCGACUGGGAAUCCGGGCUGCUUUUGAAGUGCUUUCUUCCCUGAAAGAGACACAUGCACAACAGUCUCAUGUCAGUGUUGAGGCCUUACUACAAGUGGUGCAGAAGGUUGAAAUGGAUUCUCGCUGCAAAGAAGCCAUCACAAGAUCACUCAAAACGUGCUCCUGUGACAAACUGUCAGCUGCCCAGUUUCAGAAGCUCUUUGAAGAACUGGACAAAGAUGCCAUUAAGGAACAUCCUCCCAGUCCAGAGUACCAGUCUCAUCUUAUGCAGAAAAUACAGUUUGCCUUUGGCCAUCACUACUUUGGCUACUUGGGAAAUGUUGUAGCUCUUGCAAACAUUGUUUCUAUCUGUGUGGUUUUGGUGAUGGAUGCAGAUAAGAAGCCUUCUGAAAGAGACGACUUCUUCCUGGGGGCUAUCAACUGCUUCUUCAUUCUAUACUAUCUGCUGGAAAUGUUGCUGAAAAUCUUAGCAAUGGGCUUGAAAAGAUACUUAUCAUAUCCAAGCAAUAGAUUUGAUGGACUUCUGACUGUAAUUUUGCUGGUUUUGGAGAUUGCAACUUUUGCAGUGUAUGGAUUUCCUCAUCCUGGUUGGAGACCUGAGCUCAUGGGCUUGUUAUCCCUGUGGGAUAUGGUGCGAUUGGUGAACAUGUUAAUUGUGUUCAGGUUCCUGCGGAUCAUUCCUAAUAUGAAGUUCAUGGCUUUGGUUGUUACUACACUGCUGGAUCUGGUAAAAAACUUGAGAGCUUUUGCAGGAAUUCUUGUGGUGGUUUUCUAUGCAUUUGCUCUGACUGGCAUAAUGCUAUUCAAUGGUGCUGUUGUUCCCUUGGGAAACAGCAGUGCUGCCAAUACAACAUAUGAUAACAACACUCUGCAGUGUGGCACCUACGAACAGCUGGAAUAUUGGUCCAACAACUUUGAUGACUUUGCUGCAGCAGUGGUGACCCUCUGGAAUGUGAUGGUGGUGAACAACUGGCAAGUCUUUUUGGAAGCAUUUUCGAGAUACUCAAGCCCGUGGGCAAAGAUCUAUUUUGUAGCCUGGUGGUUGAUCUCCUCUGUCAUCUGGGUUAAUCUCUUCGUAGCUUUACUUCUAGAGAACUUUAUUCACAAGUGGGACCGUCGCUGUCACCGAGAGCCUCUUUCAGAUAUCGAAUACCAGAGGACAGUUGAGCUCAUGUUCAGAGAUGUUUUGGAAGAACCUACAGAGGAAGAGUUGAUGGAAAAACUACAUCAGCAUCCACACCUGCAGUUGUGUAGGUGA